AAAUUUCACAACUGUGUCGCAACAGCGUGGUAAGGUCUCUCUUAAAUAUUUAUAAAUGAAAUUUCUAGCUCAGUUGUAAGACUGUAAACCCCUAACUUCAUCUUCAAUAAACCGAUUAUUCUUGUGAACAAAGAGUUAAGAAAAAUAAAGCCAUCCAUCAUGCCUAUGUUCGUACAUUCUCUCCAAACCCAUGUUUUGGACCUUGCUCAACAAAAGACAGUAGGAGAUGUCAAGACUUUGGUUACAGAACGUGAAGGUCUCCCUCUUGAGCAGAUGGCAGUGUUCUAUGAAGGCCAGCCAUUAGAAGAUUCCUGUGAGCUUGUAACUUUCAGAAAUGAGGCAACAUUGAAUGUUGAGCUGCGCUUGCUUGGAGGUAAAGUCCAUGGUAGCUUGGCUCGUGCUGGUAAAGUACGUGGGCAGACACCUAAAGUUGAUAAGCAAGAAAAGAAAAAAGGAAAGACUGGCCGUGCCAAACGUCGUAUGCAGUACAACCGUAGAUUCGUAAAUGUUGUCGCUGGCUUUGGGAGAAAGAAGGGACCCAAUGCCCGCUCAUAAGUUUUAUUAAAUGUACAAUAAAAAAUAAACUGGCACUUAUUUUA